GCAUGUUUAUAAUCCAGAUGAGGACUAUGUAGAAGUGGAAGCAAAACUGCGGGGGCAUCUGGAAUCUUUCUUAGAAAUUGCACAAUCCUUCAUCAUGAUUUACACCAAGGAACCUCGUCCUUGGACGAACAUGAUGGACGUACCACAGCUUCAUGGGUUUGGGCCAACUGCUAAUUGCUUAUUAGAGGCAUACAAGAUGCUUUUGAAUGUAACUUGGUAAUAAAUUCUUUUCAUGUAUUCUAUUACCUGCUAUGCCGUGGUUAGGCCUUUACGGAUGAAAAUUUUGUUUGAGCUCCUCCGACGCUAGAAGCCAGUUCUUUGGUGUGACAUGGCAUUUGAAAACACUUUCAAGUACAUAUUGCCAGUUUUAUCUAUUUCUUCUCUGUGUAUUUAUUCUUAUCUGUAUAGGAUCACCAAUGGCUCAAACUUUUUCACACUAGACUUAGCAUUCAUGUAGCCUAAGUGCCCAAUUAAGAUGGCAAAAAUAACACUGAUUUAGUAAUACGUUAUUAUGUAUAGUUUCACUGUUAUUCAAA